AAAGAGGAACAGCAGAAUACGAAUAUCGUUCUCGUAGUAAGAUUAGUACCGAAUGCAACAGCAGCGUGUCAUCGUUGCCUCCGCUUACGACGAAACCACUGCAAUACACGACAAUCAACCUCUAUCGUCGAAUCCUGUUGAGUGCCGUUGUAGUUCUCAUAAAACCGUAUCCCCAUCGGAUCCAAACAGUUUCUAAUCAACAAAUCAAACUUCCAACAUGGCUAAGACCCCAUCCAAGAAGGCUGCCCCAGCCAAGAACGCCCCUAAGAAGGCUGCCGCCAGUGGCAAGAAGAAGAAGCGUGUCGAAUCGUACUCCACCUACAUCUACAAGGUAUUGAAGCAGGUCCACCCCGACACUGGUAUCUCCAAGAAGGGAAUGUCUAUCAUGAACUCCUUCAUCAACGAUAUCUUCGAGCGCAUUGCCGGCGAAGCCGGAAAGCUUGCCACCUACAACAAGAAGGCCACCCUUUCCUCGCGAGAGAUCCAGACCGCCGUCCGCCUCAUGCUUCCCGGUGAGCUCGCCAAGCACGCCGUUUCCGAGGGAACCAAGGCCGUCACCAAGUUCAGUUCGGCCUAAGCCUCUUCGCMAAAUCAUGGACAUUACAUGGUUGCAAGAUCGACCAAUUGCUAUCAACCAAAUAGUGGACCGAUCAGAAACAAAACAAAAAACAAACC